CCGCCGCCCGCCUCCUGCGCCCAUGCGCGGCGGUGAGAGGUCGGUGCCGCCGCCCGCCGCUUCCCCUUCCGGCCGUGCCGGGGCUCCUUGCAACAUGGCCGCGGUGGUGGGCGGCCGGCCGGGCGGCCCUCUCUGGGCGGCAGCGAUGGUUGCGUUCGCGCUGGCAUCGUCAGGUGCGGUUUUUGUGGAGGACCUGGAUGAAUCGUUUAAAGAAAACCGUAAAGAUGAUAUUUGGCUUGUAGAUUUUUAUGCACCUUGGUGUGGCCACUGCAAGAAACUGGAGCCUGUUUGGAAUGAAGUGGGUUUAGAAAUGAAAAACAUGGGCUCUCCAGUAAAAGUUGGGAAGAUGGAUGCAACUUCCUUUUCUAGUAUUGCAUCUGAAUUUGGAGUGCGAGGCUAUCCAACAAUUAAGCUCUUAAAAGGAGAUUUGGCAUACAACUAUAGAGGACCUAGAACAAAAGAUGAUAUAAUUGAAUUUGCUAAUAGAGUAGCAGGACCUCUUAUCAGGCCACUUCCUAGCCAGCAUAUGUUCGAGCAUGUGCAAAAGAGGCAUCGUGUACUUUUUGUGUAUGUUGGUGGGGAAUCUCCUUUAAAGGAAAAAUACAUUGAAGUUGCUUCAGAACUAAUUGUUUAUACAUACUUUUUUUCUGCCUCAGAAGAUGUGCUACCUGAGUAUGUGACCUUGCCUGAAUUGCCUGCUGUUGUUGUCUUCAAAGAUGGAACUUACUUUGUAUAUGAUGAAUAUGAAGAUGGUGAUUUGUCAUCCUGGAUAAACCGAGAAAGAUUUCAAGGUUACCUUAAUGUAGAUGGCUUCACGUUAUAUGAACUUGGAGAUACAGGAAAACUUCUGGCUAUUGCAGUUAUUGAUGAUAAAAACUCUUCACUGGAACAUACCAGACUAAAAUCUAUUAUUCGGGAAGUUGCUAGAGAUUAUCGGGAUCACUUUCACAGGGAUUUCCAGUUUGGCCAUAUGGAUGGAAAUGAUUACAUUAAUAGCUUACUAAUGGAUGACUUGACAAUCCCUACUAUUGUUGUUUUGAAUACCUCCAAUCAGCAGUAUUUUCUACCAGAUAGGCACAUUGAGAAUACAGAAGACAUGGUUCAGUUUAUUAACAGUAUCUUGGAUGGCACAGCUGAAGCACAGGGUGGUGAUGGAGUUCUGCAACGAAUCAAGAGAAUAAUCUAUGAUGCCAAGUCUACUGUAGUGUCAGUGUUCAAGAGUUCACCGCUUCUGGGAUGCUUUCUCUUUGGGUUGCCCCUGGGUGUCAUCAGCAUUAUGUGUUAUGGAAUCUGCACGGCUGAUACAGAUGGAGGGGUAGAUGAACAUGAGGCAGCUAAAAAGGAGAACAGUGAUCGGGAGCUCACAGAUGAAGGCAGUGAGGAAGAACAAGAGGAGGAAAAGAAUGAAAACUAUACAGAACUUUCAGAUGGAGAUCUUAAACAGAAAGACCUAUUGGAAAAGAAAAAAGACUAGUUGAGCAAAAAAUUCUCUAGAAUUUCCAAAUAGACUUAUUUAUUGAAGAUGGUCAUUUAUUGAUGAUCUUCAUGAAAGAGGACCUUUUUGUCUGCAUUAUGGUAGUUUUGACUUGCAUGUGUUCAAAUUUUCUCAGAUAUUGACAGGAAAAAAAAUUGAAAUAAAGAUGUUCUCUUAGUUGUCUUUAAUGAUUAUCAAAGAAGGAAUUUGCAGGUACGAUUUGACACCUUUUGUUUUGGAAGGUUUGGGUUGUUCAUUUCCAGAACAGCGAGAUAAAGACAAUGCUACUUGACCUUUGUAUAUGUGAUGAACUACUAAUAUAGCCCAGAUAAACACUGAUAAAAUUAAGGCGGAAUACGAAGAAAGUUUAAAAGACACCCGUCAAGUCUUUCAGAACCUGACAGCU